CGAAAUCGAACGACGGGAAGGAAACAGAUUCCAGCAGAAGCUACUGCUCUCUAUCAGACAGCGCGGGAGAUUUCCAGUUCUCCUUCUUCCUGUCAAACCCUAACCCUUGCUCUAACUCCAAGAGUCCCUCGACAUGAAGCCGUCCAUCUCACCAGGCAUGGACCCCACCACAUCCCCCUGGAUCCUUGAAUUCCUCCUCUGCCAGCCCCACCUCGACGCGUGGGUCGCACACCGGCUCACCUCCAUCCUCCCCGUCUCCAACGACUACCCCCGCCUCCACAAAACCAUCCUCCUCCGCUCCAUCGUCUCCGAUAUCUCCCACCGUUCAAUCUCCGAAGCCACCCUCGAAUCUCUCGAAUUGAUCGAAGAUCUUGAUCACUCUGCGGGCCUCUCGAUCCCCGACUCCAUGCAGGCUGCGUAUGCCGCGGUCGCAGCGGAAUGCACAGCAAAAUUCUUGAAAUGCGAGCCCGAGGAUCAUAACGAGUUCGUGGAGGCCGUCAAUCGGAUCUGGAAAUGUAGGGUUUCUGAUAUGGAGAGAUCGAAUCUCCGCGUCGGAUUGAUUUCAAAGCGGUUGAUGGAAUUGAAGAAGGAGAUGAUGACGGCAGUAUGGAAUAGUGGGGUGAGGGGGGAGCUGAGGGCGCGGGAGACGAUGAAGGAGGCCUUGGAUUCGGUUAGGGUGUAUUUGGAAGAGGCUGUGGAGGAGAUGGGACCAUCUUUCUUGGAAUAUGCAGCGGUGGAGGUUUGUGGGCAGGAAACAGAUGUGCGGGAUUCAGUUACUGGUUUGGAUGGUGUGAGCGCGGGGCUGGGUGCUGAUGAUGUGGUUGUCAUUGAUGAUGGUGCUGGCAGUGUGGAAUUUGAUCAUGUUGAGGAAGAGGAUGAGGAAGUGAGGGUUUGCUCCUCGUGGAGAGGCGGUCAUAUGGGAAGUCUGCCACCGGCACAAAAGGAUGUAUCUGAUCAAGACACAGUUUCUACUAUGGAAGGUACACUUGCAAAGCUAAAAGAAGUGGGUGCUGCUGGAAUGGACAACAAAUUUGACCGCCUGCCUUUGGUUGAAGUUGUGAAAGUGAAGGAAGCCCUUAAAUCAAGUUCUACAAAUCUGCGCACAGUUGUGGAAGACCCGCUUCCAGAUGCUCUAGAAAUGGCUGCAGGAAUAUUGGCUAACAUGGCAACUGAAAUAAGCCACAAGGCACAGGAAGAAUGUGAAAAUCGGGUUGAUGUUGAGGCACUGGAAGAACAUCAAAAUGGGGUAGAUGUUGGUACAAAUAACCUCUCUGUGGAGAAGGGUGUAAAUGCUAAUAAUGCCGGAGCCACUGCUACUGGAAAUCAAAAUGGCAAGCAUCAUGACGGAACAUCAUUCCCUAGCCUUAUGGCAUGGAAUAGAACUGCCCAUACUUAUGAGUGGGAUGAUGAUUCGAUUUCGUCCCAAUCAGAAAAAUCACCAAAUUGUUCAAGGGGACUUCAUUUACCUAGUCCAAAGAACCGGGUGAUCUCUCCUUUGAAGAAGCGAGAAAUCACUAGAUACUCUAAGAGGAGAAAAAUUAAGAAGUGGAGUUCAUUGGAAGAAGAGACUUUAAGAAAGGCAGUGGAAAACCAUGGCAAAGGGAACUGGAAAUUCAUUUUAAACCGCCACCAUCAAAUAUUCGAGGACAGAACAGAGAGAUUGAACUAUGCAGAUUGAUUUGAAGGACAAGUGGCGGAACUUGACGAGGGGCUGAUGUUGUCAACUUUUUACAUGUGGAUGUUAUGGUUCCACUGAUAUGUGAGAGAUAGAAGAUGCUAGCCAUUAUUUGUAGAAGGCUCAUCCAACUCUGAGGAUCCUCCUCUCCACAAAGAUUCUAGGUGGACCAGUGAUACGUAUGGGAGCUUGCAUUCAACCUGGAGGGAGAUGUGCUGUACCCAUACACCUAUGCACUCGUGAAUCGUAAAUGUUUGUAGAAAUGUCAUGGCUCCUCUGUACAUAACAUGUAUGUGUGCAAGUACAUUUAUAUAAUAGAAUUUCUAUGUGAAUGUAUGUAUGGUUUAGAUUA